CGGCUCCAAAGUGUGAGUCUUGGCAAUUUUAUAUUUUUCCGCCGCACAAUCUCUUGGCUCAAGCGAAAUGCACUUUAUUAUAAAAGAUUUUCUAUGGAAUUUUCUAGAAGAGAGAUAUGCAAAAAAGAAAUUUAAAGCCGAUAAAAAAUGUAUUUGCAUGGAAAUAACGACGGGAAAAUGUUAUCGAGUUCCGUUUCAAAACCGAGAAGCCCACGCUGUUUUCGCCGUUUUCAUGAAUGAACCGCUCCUGCUUCAUAUCAACAGGCGUCCUUUACUAUGCAGCUGGAAACAUCGAUCCGCUCCUUCGGGGGACCACCACUUCCACGAAGUUAUUACAUUUUACGUUGUACAGGGUCGUAACGAGAAAUCCAAUGUCACAAGCCUGCUAUUAAAACUUCGCUCAACUCACGCGUUUUUAAUUCGUAAAUGCGCCUGCUCCUUUCAUCGUUUGGAUUAUGUUCAUCACGAAGGAUUAGGGUUCAAUUCAAUUUAAUCCAGCGAAGUGUCUGCUUUCUUUACUACGUUCGGAUGAAAUUCAACAAACUGUCGUAAAACAGUGUAAGUAGACACGUGCUGUCCAGUGUAUAUAACAUGCUAUCGACAUCAACAAGCACUCUUUAAUGUUAUGAAUGUUGUGUUGCGAGAGCAAAUAGAUCUCAAGGGGGUACAUGUGAGACGCCGAUCGUAUGACGUCAUUGUAUUCUCACCGUCUAGAGUGGGAAAACGAAAGGACAGAGCGUCUGCCUCUCUCGUCUCUCUCGUCUCUCUCUCUCUCUCUCUCUUUAGCCAGCCACGGGAAUUCGCCACUUCGUAAAAGCCUCGAAGGCUGACGUCAAUGGGAGCUCUGUUAUACGAGGGAGCUGUGAUACCCAAUGAGAACUUGCGCGAUUUCAUGAAAUCCAUCACGAUCCAUUGGUCGGUCAACCAUCUAGCAAAGACGAAACUCUCUCUUUUUUUUCUUUUCUCUCGCUACUAACUUUUUUCUUCUAUACUGGAGAAAACGUGGGUGUGGCAUUAACAGAAAACUUAGCCAAUAUCGCGUGAUAUAUAAUAUAUUUUCUUUCGUUGCGUCGAACUUGAUCAGUCAAAUCAAGUUUGCCGGGAGAAAGUUAACCGGGAGAAGUUGGACGUAAGAAGAACGAUGUGUACGACAAAAAGAAGACGAGAGAAAAAUCCGAGAUCGUAGGAAACUCGA